UAUACCACAAAGAAAUGUUGGCUGUGCGGCGGCAACAUCAUUUCGCUACGAACAGCGCUGGUGUACGGAAGUAAACGCGAAUAAAUACGGAUACAUGCCUUUCGGUGGCGAUUAUAACGGCAUAAAUGACAUUGCGGAUACGCGUAAAGUACGGGUUUGGUGAAAUUGGUAUUUUUUUGAAUACUAAAUUUUUUUUGUGGGUGUAAGUUAAAAAUUAUAAAAAAAUUCAAAAGAUAAAUUUCAAUUGGAAAUUCAGUGUUUUAAUUUAAACUGAGUGUUUGUGUGAUAUUUAUAAUAUUAUAAAAUAUUUUUACUAAACGAAACCGCAAUAUUGAAGCAAAAAUUUUUUCAUAAAUAUGGACAUUGAAUUGAAAAACUGCAAUGUCAAAUUAAUUGUGAUGUUUUUGGAAGGAAUCAUGUUGUGUAUUAUAUAAAUAUCAAAAUUAACAAAAAUAUAAAAAUCCUAAAACAUGCUUAACAAUUAAGAACCAGUGAAUGGUAAAAAAAUUAAAAAAUAUAUUGAAAACUGUUGAAACGAAAAUCUAAUAAAAAAUAAAAAAAAAUUUUAACACGUUUUGCAAACAAAAAACAGAAAAAAGCUUCACUAUGUAAACAAACAAACAAUUAGCUACAUACAUGAGUACAGCGGAUACAUUUGCACCUAGUGUACAUACCAACAUAAGAAGGUACAUGACCUUCUGGAAUCUUUACAAUGCUGUGAAUGAAUAUUGACAACUACAGCAUAGAAUAGAGGAAGUGAUAAGUGUGUGAGUGAAUAAUAACAAAACAAUUUUGUAGAACAAUUUGCAAGACACACUAAAAACUAAUAGAAAGCAAAUAACCAACAACAACAACAACUAAUUGAUAAAAGUAACAUAUAGACAUAUAUGUAUAUGUAUAUGUAUAUGUGUGUAUGCUUAAGACAUGUACGCUUGUAAUUGAAAUGCAAACAAAUUAACAAUCGACACAUACAAGAAUAGCAAGUGCAAAAACAAAAAAAGAUGAAUACAACAACAACCAUAAAUAACUACAUAAAAGCAAUCAUGUGCGAUAUUUAAAAACCAAUAAGUCAGCGUUAAGAAAACAUAAACAAAAACAUAAUAAAAAUAAAUAGAAAAACAAAUACAAAUAAACAAAACAAUCAACAACAACAACAAGCAAACGUUAUUAACAAUAACAAUUACAACAACUACAUGUAUUCUUGUGUGUCAUGUGCACAUACUCAUAUGUGGAAGUAACGCUUUAAAACACUAUUCUGUACUGUGAAAGCACGAGAGCGGCAUAUGUAGUUGACAAAGUGACAGUGUGACAACAAGUGAUAAGCAAAGAACGGAAAGAAAAGAGCAAAACAACACAGCGGUAAACAUUCCUUUAGCUACCCUGCAGGGUUGCGGCUAAUCGUACACCUACUCCGUUAUAGACACACACACACACACACACACUCGCAUACUCAGUGAUCCAACAUGCCGGUUCCUGUGAAUUACCGUUGCAGAUUAUGUGCCGACAGUCUAAUUGCGGUUAUUGUGGUUCUGCGGCUGCUGCUCUUCCUGACUCGUGUCGGUCAUGGCACCUGUCAAGACCCUGCUGUCUACUUCCCCAUGUCGGCGGUGAAACUAAAUCUGCCAUUUAAUGAAAAGUCACAGAGCAUAUUUUCCAAAAUACCAAUUGGACGCUUUCAAAUAUUGCACUUAGGGAAGGGACAUAAUGACGAAACUACAGAAUAUCUCUACACUUUGGAGAAUAAUGAAUUGCUGCAUGUGAACGGCAGCACUGGAGAGGUCUUCAUGAAGAACGACUAUCAAACCACACAAAAGAAGACGAAAAUUAUCUUAACCGCCAUACCAAGGAAGGCGCACAAGGCGUUGGGUAAAAUACCACAAAUGACAUUGGAGGUGACGCCACAAGCGGAAGCUGAGUAUUGUGCGAAUUUGGAGAAUGUCUGCUUUUGGGCUGCAGCACAGUAUACGAUAGUGGAAGAUGCCAAUGCCGCCGCUAAGGAUGCCGAGCAGUUGAGUGCAUUCGAACCGUUGCGUGUGGGCACUUUGAAUCCGCGUGCUACACGCUAUCUCUGCCCCACAAUGGAUGUGAAAUAUGCGCUGGCGAGUGGUGGCAAAUAUUUUACAUUAAAAAAUAAUGAAAUCUACACUAAAGUACCGUUGGAUUAUGAGUACUUCAACACCACGGAGGUGGCGAAUUUAGCGGUCACUGUCGACUGUACGAUUAAAAUGAGCGAAGCAAAAACGGUCGCAUUCAAUAAGACGCUACAUGUGGCACUGCUGGAUCGCAAUGACAACGGACCGGAGUUACAAAAUGAGGACGACUACAAUUUCGUGCUGGAUAAUCCACAUUUCAAACAGGACGAUCCCAUUGGCAAUAAGAUUAUAUUCACGGACAAGGAUUCGCUUACAUCCAAUACACAUUUGACUUAUCAGAUUUUUAAUGAUACCAGCGAAUUGGUGCGCCCCGAUUGCACCGCCUACGAAGCGGAUCAUACUGGAAAAAGGAAGUCCAUAUUCAGUUGUCAGAUUUUAUUUGCGCGCAAUGGCAUUCUAAGUCAAUCAUCGUAUUGCUUCAGUUUAGUGGCAAGCGACAGUACUGUCAAUACGAAUACAAUAAAAACAGCCAAAGCAAACAUCUGCCUACGCACCGAUCCCAAUAAGAUACACGAGGCUGAUCGUCCGCGCGUCUUGGAGUUGCGUCAACAACGCGGCAUGAGCCGACGUCUGACCAACACGGCAGAUGAGAUAUUAACUAGUGGAGAUGUAGGUUUCUUGGCCCAGAGUAUAUUAAGCACAUAUCCCAAGGACGUCUCCAUUCAUCGCACAGCCAUGGCAUAUAGUCGUGUAGCACAACCAGAAAACUAUCAGAGCUUGAUGGAAAUGUCAGAGGUGCGUUUCACUAUCGCUGAAGAUCGUAGUGGUGCUUUUGGCAUAACAUCGUCAGCGGGAAUCGUCUAUGUGAAGGAUACCACGGCAUUGGAGCAAUCACCAGAGACAGUUUACUUCCUUAACAUCACAUGGCACGACGCCUACCAACGUUCGUUCGUCGUCAAUGUGCAUCUCGUCGACGGUCAGGCCAACAAUGCAACCUGCGAACAUAAGACCAAAUCACGCAGUCAAACUUGCGCACAAAUUAAAUACCCAAAACAAUGUACGAAAUUUUGUGGACUCGGCACAAAUGGUGGCGCCUGUAUAUGGCGCGGUUCCAAUGCGGGUUUCUUCGGACGCAAUUACGCAUCCUGUGUGCCCGACGCCACAUACUGUCCGGACAAUAUUUGCGAUCCAUUAGAAGAACUGAAUACAUUCAUUUGUCCACAGGACUGCGUGGGCGCCGGUAAAAUUAUGGGUCCACACACAUCGAAUAAUAAUAAACGCGGCAUCUAUUCCGCUUCGGGCACUUGCACCUGCGAGGAUAACGGCAAAUGCUUAUGUGCGCCACUCGACGAUGAAGAGCCACGUCCGAAGCGCAAACGGAAGAACGAAACCAAGUCGGUGGAUGUCAAUAAAUUUACUAAAUUUGGUGGUUUGGAUGUCACGCAGACAGCACACAAUAAUCUAAAUGGUGGAACCAUCGAGCAGGAUGCUAUGAGCAUACAUGUGGCAGGCUUUACAUGCGGCAGAUCGUGCAUUCUACUCGCCAUCACAUGUCCAAUUAUACUGAUCGUCUUGAUUAUCUGUUUAAUUGCUUCACAACGAAGUCUUAAGCGUCGCACGCGUGGCAAGGAAGCGCUCUCGCAAAAGCCAUCAGGUGAUUGUGAUAUACGUAACGGCGAUGUACCGUUAAUGCAGUUGGAAUGCGGUUUGGCUAAAUUCGAUACAGCCGACUCCAAAUGGGAGUUCGAACGCGGAAAGCUACAGCUGGACGUGGUACUCGGUGAGGGUGAGUUCGGCAAAGUGGUUAAGGCUUAUGCAUCCAAUAUUGCUGACAUACCCGGUGUAACUACGGUGGCCGUGAAGAUGCUUAAGAACGGCGCCAAUUCGGUCGAAUAUAUGGCAUUGCUUUCGGAAUUCCAAUUGCUACAGGAAGUCUCACAUCCAAAUGUGAUUAAGUUGCUCGGCGCUUGCACGAAAGGCGAUACGCCGAUGAUUAUUAUUGAGUACGCGAAAUAUGGCUCGUUGCGCAGUUAUUUACGUUUGAGUCGGAAGAUCGAGUGUGCGGGUGUGGAUUUCACAGACGGUGUAGAACCGAUAACUGUGAAGAAUAUCUUAUCGUUUGCCUGGCAGAUUUGCAAGGGUAUGGCGUACUUGACGGAGAUUAAGCUGGUACAUCGUGACUUAGCUGCCCGCAAUGUCUUACUGGCCGACGGGAAAAUCUGCAAAGUAUCCGAUUUCGGACUGACACGUGAUGUCUACGAGGACGAUGCGUAUUUGAAGCGUUCGCGUGAUCGGGUGCCCGUGAAGUGGAUGGCACCCGAGUCUUUGGCCGAUCAUGUCUACACGACCAAAUCAGAUGUGUGGGCUUUUGGAGUGCUCUGUUGGGAAUUGAUUACGUUGGGCGCAUCACCAUAUCCUGGCAUACCACCACAGAAUCUCUAUCAUUUAUUGAAAACUGGCUAUCGUAUGGAGAAGCCGGAAAAUUGUUCGGAAGAAAUUUACUCCAUUGUGCGCACAUGUUGGAUCGACGAUCCGAACUCGCGUCCGUCCUUUAAAUAUCUGGCCUCACAAUUCGAAAAGUUACUCGGCAAUAAUGCCAAAUAUAUCGAAAUGGAAUCGAGCGCUAUUUCGAAUCCCAUGUAUUGCAUCGAUGAGGCCAAACUGACCGGCACAUCACAACCGGAUUUAACUGCAUGCCUCGAACAGCAGCUGGGCGAACCCGAGUCGUUGGAUCAUCUCUGGCAGACACCGAAAAUUUGCUAUGACACACAAGAAUGCCCGAGUAGCCGCGAAUUCUCGACAAAUUUCAGCAUGGAAUUUCAACAACCACCACCACCGCCCGGCUAUGACGUGCCACGUCCACUUAUCGAGGCGGCCACCACUGAGCAGACCUUACGUUAUGAAAAUGAUUUACGUUUCCCCUUAAAUAUACGUAAAUCGGUGUGUAAUGCCAGCAUCACGUCGAAUAGUCAAAAUGGCAGCAGAGCCGGUGGUGGUGGUGGUGGCGAUGUAGAUGGUGAUGGCAACAAUGCAUUGGCGGCACACUAUUCGGUGCCAGUGAAACGUGGACGCUCUUACGUGGAUAUGACAAACAAGACAUUCAUACCCGAUAACUUGGAUAGUGAUGAAUUUGAGAAACAUCUCUCGAAAACAAUCUCAUUUCGAUUUUCUAGUCUACUGAAUUUGAAGGAACAAGAUUUGGGCGCGGUUUAAGACUAUACAAGAGUACUAGAUGUGUAUUUGUAAGGCUUGAGGGGUACAGGGACGGUUUUUUAUUUAGAAAUUUGUUUACUUAUAGCAUCUAAUAAUGUAUAUGUGUAUGUAAAGUAAAUUGUUGAUUAGUUUUAGUUCAUGAAUUUAUAAAAUUAGUUAAAUUAUUUGUGUUUAAGGAAUUUGGAGGUGUUAGAGGUGGAGAGGCUAAUUUUUUAUAAGAAAUCUCGAUGUAUAAAUGUUUAAGUGUGUAUGUGUGUGUGUGUAUUUAUAAUGACUUUAAAUUAGGUUUGGCCGUAUUAGUUGCCAAAGAGAAUACUCUGGUAGUAAAAUUUAAAUAUAUUUUUUUAAAUAAUUUCUAGCAAUUUUAAGCGUAAA